AAAUAGAAGUUCGUUGUGUUGAGACUCGCGCGUACACUUUAAAUCCUCCCUUCUUCAUUAACAAUAAAUUAUAUAUAAAUAUUUAAGUAUGUUGUACACUAAUAUCUAAACUACCAAAUUACCAAAAAUAAUAAAAUACUAAAUUGUACAUUAUAAUCAAUGCAGUUGUAUAGAAGAAGAAUUCCUACUGGGAAAGAAAAGCAGAAUUCUUGCGUAAAAUUGCAGCGUGUGUUUAAUGGGAUUAAUGUGGUUAUAUAAUUAAAGUGGUUUCGCCGUUACAAGACAUCCAGAUAGAGAGAAAGAGGAAAAUUCAGGAAGAUACAUUUGACGGAAAGUGGUUAUAGAGAAAGUGAAGAACAUCGAUUAAUAGGCAAAAAAAGUGAGGAGAUAAAUUUGAAAUUGUGACGAAGAAUGUAGGAAUUUAUGUUCUGGAAGUGAUAUAAAGAAAGCAAAGAAGUUCCUAAAUACUAACCUUGGGGCGCAAAGUCGGAAGAAUUUAGUCAGUGAAUAUCCCAAUGUAUUCCCUCUUUUCUGCAAAAUCACACAUCCUCAGUGAAAUUUCUUCCCAAUAAUUCGAGAGAAACAGUGUCUCGCGGGAGGAAUCAUCUUUCUAGCCCGCGCCGAGGGAAGUAAUUCAAUUUAUAAGCUUCGAGUUUCGCAAUGCAUUUGAGUUUGCCGUAACGGAAAUUUAUUUUUCACCACCGGGAGAGGCGAAUGCAGAGGCGCGUCGGGGAAAAUCUGUGUGGAAUCUUGUAAGAGUAUCGAAGGCGAAGGAAGAAAUCCUUCUUGGUGAAAGUGCUGUGAGAAAGAUUUGUGCAGAAAGGGAAUUGAAUGUGAAAUGGUGUACAAAAAUACGGAGAAUUUUCUCGUUACAUAAUAUGUUUUGGAAUAAAAUAACGAUUUAUUGGAUUAUUAUGCCACUCUUGGAAUAUUCUUCAACACUUUAUGGAAUUUACAAGUCGUCAAAUGCAGAAGAGCUUCAACACUGUGUCUGGAGGAAGUGGCUCCAGUGAUGAUCUCCAUCUGGCUUUAUGGUUCUCAAUCAGCUUUCCUUGCACCACCAGCCCAUGUCUUACGUUCGACCCGCAGAGCUGUAGAAGCUUUCGUGUCGCACGUGAUUUAGAAACUUUGCAACGUGCAAUCCUGGGUGAAUAGCAUUGAAAUCUAGCAAUUUUUGGCGACAAUGAAACUCAGUGUCAGUGCAUAUCGCGCUCAUGCAUCAGCACACAAGAAGAUCCUCUCAAGCAGUUACCAGACACAGUUCAAUUACGGAAGUACAGCAGCUGCCUCCGUGUCAGCACCGCCACCCACAGCUCCGGGACUCUUUGCGAUGGAGCCCACAGAUGUCCAGUUGAGUGGAACAGCUGCAAUUUGUCAGGGCACGAGUAGCACUCUGAGUCCGCCUGAUGCAAUCACCUCGCCCGGAAUCGCGAGGACAGAGUCCAAUGCCACCUCGCGCGAAGACGAGGAGGACUCCAGCAAUGCGGCGUCUUCAGACUGCAAAAGUCCGGGACAACGAACCAAGUCGAAUCAACGAUGGAUGAAAUUGAGAACAACUGUCCAGUUGUCAUCGGCCAUCCAGAAGAAGCCGCCGCUGAAGCGGGAGGACUCCUUCCUCAAGCGAUUCUCCACACGUCAAAUACCAGAGGCGCAGGAGACUGUCGAGGACACUGGCUCCGAAGGGGCGACAGGGGAGCAGGAUAAGUGUCUCAAGAGGCGAAAGAGAUACAUCCAAAAGCGGAAAAGUGUAGUCAAUCCGGAUGAGAAUUUCUACUUCCAUUGGCUGAUGGUGCUAACAUUUUGUGUCUUAUACAAUCUGUGGGCGCUCAUUGUGCGUCAGAGUUUCCCAGAACUUCAGGAUCUUGCGUCCAAUUUCUGGUUUGCCUGUGAUUGCAUCAGUGACGUUGUAUUUGUACUUGACGUAGUUGUUCAACUGAGAACAGGAUAUCUAGAGCAAGGAUUGAUGGUGUACGACGAUAAGAAAUUAGCGAAACAUUAUAUAAGAUCGCGCGAAUUUUUACUCGAUUUGGCAGCCUUAAUACCAUUAGAUCUGUUACAAAUUAGAUUCGGAACACAACCUCUUUUGCGGUUUCCACGGUUUUUCAAGGUUUAUAGGUCCAUCAAAUUUUACUACAUCGUCGAGAGUAGAACAGUUUGGCCUAAUUUGUGGCGAGUCGUCAAUUUAAUUCACAUCUUGUUGAUUUUAGCGCAUUGGUUUGGGUGUUUCUACUUUUUACUCUCGGAAGUGGAAGGAUUUCAGGGUGAUUGGGUGUAUCCCUACCGUCCGGGAGAUUAUGCUACGCUAACAAGAAAAUAUCUGGGCAGCUUAUACUGGUCCACACUGACACUGACGACAAUUGGGGAUCUACCGACGCCAGAAACGAAUGCUGAGCCCUCGAGCUCGGCGGACGGCCCCAGAUCACUUCCGAGACGCGGCCUGAAAUCGCGUUUACUCCAAUUUGGUUCCAACAACGGGUAUAUUUUCACCAUCGUGAGCUAUCUCAUUGGCGUGUUUAUUUUUGCCACAAUUGUGGGUCAAGUGGGCAAUGUCAUAACGAAUCGCAAUGCCAAUCGAUUGGAGUUUGAGCGUCUCCUCGACGGCGCGAAAACCUACAUGCGCCACCACAAGGUUCCGGGCGGCAUGAAGAGACGUGUGUUGCGGUGGUACGACUACAGUUGGUCCAGAGGACGCAUCCAAGGCGGUGGCGACAUCAACACGGCCCUGGGUCUCCUUCCAGACAAACUGAAGACGGAACUGGCGCUGCACGUGAACCUGAGCGUGUUGAAAAAGGUCACGAUUUUUCAAGAGUGUCAGCCAGAGUUUCUGCAUGAUCUGGUGCUGAAGAUGAAGGCAUACAUCUUCACGCCGGGCGACAUGAUAUGCCGAAAAGGCGAAGUGGCGCGAGAGAUGUUCAUAAUAGCUGAUGGAAUUCUGGAGGUGCUGAGCGAGACGGGAAAAGUCCUGACAACCAUGAAAGCUGGUGACUUCUUCGGCGAAAUUGGGAUUCUCAACCUGGAUGGUCUUAACAAGCGCACGGCAGAUGUUCGCUCUGUUGGCUACUCUGAGCUCUUCUCCCUGUCGCGAGAGGAUGUGCUGGCGGCCAUGAAGGACUACCCGGAAGCGCAGGAAAUCCUGCAGACGCUGGGACGGAAGCGCCUCAUGGAGGUGAGGUGUGUGAACAAGAAGCACGCCAAGAUGCAGAGCGAGAAGGAGGCGGCUUUGGCGGCCGCCCAGGCGGAAGGCAGCGAGAACAGUGCAUCGAAGAGGAUUGUGGAGAAGCUCAGGAGUGACGUGAAGGGCAUCAAGAAUGUGCUGAGAAAGUCAAGAACUGGCAGACGGAGUAAUGAAUCCAUUGAACUGCAGCCGUUGCACAUAGGCACGUCGGGUGUGGGCAAGAGUGCCAAAGGAGUCCUCAGGCGGAUGCCACGCGUGAGAUCUGACGAUAUGGCAAAUGACGACGAACACCCGCAGCCGCCGGAGAAGUCGCCGAGCCCCAUUGGAGCCGGUCUUCCGCUGCUGGCGCGACUGCGGCUCUUGAAGGAGAAGCAGGAUCGUGAAGAACGUGCUGUGAAAGCUGCACCUCCAAUGAUUACAUCACCACAUACUCAUGUUACAUCCACUGUAUCACCGCAGGAGUCAAUUCAGGAGGAGCCCGAGCCAGAAGUGAUUGGGGCAGGUCUCCCACUUUUGCAACGACUGAAACUCCUCAAGGCGAAGGAGGACAAAAUUGCCAAGGACACUCAAUCGAAGAGUCAACUCGUGACGACACAGAGCACAAUAUCAGUUCCUGCAACAACAGCGUGUAUCCUCUCGAGUGCGCCUAGUGUUAAGCAAACCUCUUCUGUCCUGACUCCGAGCACAUGUCUCGCAAAUCCGUCCCCACUGCCAAAACCCACCCUCAAGGUGUCCUUCAAGGAUCGCAUAAAGGCUCUCCAGGGUGCAUCGACGACACCCACUGAGCCGCAGAUAGCCGAGAAGGAGGAGAGCCACGCACAGCCCCCGACCGAGUCCACUGGGGACAGCAUGAAGCAGCAGCUUCUGCCGUCGACCACGUCGAUCAUCAUCACGAAGAUAUCGAAGCCGUCCACGAGUAUUUCGCUCAAGGAAAAGAUCAAAUCCUCCCUGGGCGGGGCGCCCAAGGAGGAGCCCCUGAAGCCCUGGUCGAAGCUCAAGCUUGCCACGGUGGUGAGUUCCGGCGGUAGCUACACGAGUCUCAAUAACAGCUUCACUGAGGAGUCCCCGACAGCCUCCCUGCCCAGGGCCACCACCGCCGACACCAGGCCCAUCGUCGCCAGCCUGGUGGCGCCUGUGCGGCCGAAGGACUGGAAGCUGCCCAUGCGGAAAGGGUUCAAGAGCAAAGACAACCGCACCAGCGUGAGCGACAGCGAACAAUCCAUCUCGUCGCAGCCGAAGACGAAACCCUUGAAGGUGCAGAGGAAGCCCAAGAACUAUCGCUCUGUGGACGAUCUGUCGCCAGAAUACAGUGGCUUGCCGUUCGUGAAGAAGCUCAAGAUCCUGAAUGAGCGACAGAAGCUGGCGGAGCUGGAGCACGUGAUUCAGACGCGCAGCUUCAGUCUCGACUGCCCUGAAGCCAUCGUGACGCCCAUUGAGGAGCCCCUGACGCGCAGUCACAGCGAGGCGUCAGGUAUGGCCAGAGGCAGAAAUGGCAACAUGUGCUUGCCCAAGAGUGUGCCCAUCCACGAGCUGGACUACCUGCACACGCCCUUGUCGCCCGAGUCCAAUGAGACGCUGGAGCGUCGCCACCUGAAGAGCAUCCUGAAGCGCAUGACGGAGGAUGGGAAGGUGAAAGAGUCAGUUACACCUGAGAAAGGGCAAUUGACGGAGGCCGAGGGCAUAAUAAGGGCGCCCACGAUGGAAGGGUACGUGGCAAGACACAGCAAAUUUAUGAAGAGCGUAACCUUCAAUAACACUCUUUCCAGUCCGCCACACAGUGCAAAUUCACUGAUUGAGGCGACCGCGGACGAACGAAACUCCUUCCUCAGUUCCCCAUUUAGCGCACAACCCUGCGACUUCCACGGUCCCGUUCCCCCGCCCGCGUCGCUGCCCCUCACCCUCACCACCACCACCAUUAGCAAGAGUCCCACGGCGCUCACUCACAAAGGCACUCACGAGACCUUUACCACUGAGCGCUACUUCCGCGAGGAAUUCGUGACGCUCCCGGAGGACGGCAGAUACCUGCCCAGCUCACCGUUCAGCCUGGCGAAGCAGAAGUUCUUCAAAGGAUCAAUUGAAGAUCAGGAGUACAUUGGAGAGGUUUUGCUGGGCGUUCGGCAUGUUGUGCACAAUCACAUGCGCGACGUGCAGAGCAAAUUCUACGGCAAGUUCAUCAGCAUGGAAGUGGAGAUCACGAAGCGCGACGAGAUCAUCACGCAGCUGCAGCAGCGCAUCACGGAGCUGGAGGGGCCGGAUGGCGAUGAGCUGGCGGUGUCGCCGGUGGGCGAGGCGAUUCGCGAGGCGCACUCUUCGGGAUCGGGCAGCUCAGCGUCGAGUAUUGAGCUCCCGUUCAUGGUGAGUAAUCGCGGCGACUCGCUGGACACGAUAUUCGCCUCGUCGCCACCAUCGGAGCCGGACAGGAGGCCAAAGUCGCGACUGAGGAAGCGCAACUCGCCGAAGCAUCGCACGGAGCGCACAAACAACCGAUCGUGGGAGGAGAGCAGCGAUCAGGAGAGCAUCGAGAUGCAGGAGUUGCCGCGCUCGCUGAGUCCGUACAGGCAGGAGGUGCUGGUGCAGGACAUCACGGGGAACCUGACCAGGAUCAGUGCCGACAGUGUGAUACUCAACAUCGAGGACAGCUCGGCCAGCUACAGCUCCAGUGAGUCUCAAGUGGAUGGUCCGGAUGACGAGGAGGACGGCGCGCGCGACGACGAGCUGCACUGCGACGACUGGGAGAUCCGGAUGCUGGCGGCGGAGAUGGACCGGCGCGAGCAGUCCGAGUCGGCGCUGUCCGUCGUGGCGGAGGCGUCUGGGAGUCAGGAGGAGACGACCGUGCGCCGCCGGCGGAAGCGCAGCGACACGGACACGGAGCCGAGCGAGCACGAGCCAGAAGUCGUGACCAGUCGGCCCAGAGCGGGCAGCCUGGAUCACCACAAUCUGCGGCGAGCGGGAUUCGGCAGCCGACCCAAGAGCGUCUUCAAAGCAAUGAGCUUCGAUCGCGACAAAGACAGACUCUGAGAAUUAACAUGCGAGAUCUGCAUGUACGUGUGCAUCGACUAGAGUUGAUCCACGCGAAGAGAACAUUUCAAAUGAUGAUUUAGCAAUUAGUUCCGUGAGUUGACAGAGAUAAAAGAAAAAGUUUAAUAUUUAAUUCGACCAGCAUUGUGAUUUAUUACUUAAAGAAAAGAAAUUAAACUCUAGUGUUAGAGAGAAAGAAGGUGGAAAUAUUAUGAAAAGCAACAAAUAGUCCCAUUUUUAUUCUUAUUGAUAAAUUCCUUCCAUUUCCGAGCGCUGAUUAGAAGAAGAGGAUAUAAAGAAUAUUACUAAAAAAAAGAAAUAUUAAAAUUAAUUGACUAAAAGUAUUUGAAGAAAAAAAAUGACAUUGUGAAUUGUGUUACAAGGAAUUCUUUAAUUGCAAUAAUUCCAACUACGUUCAUUAAAACCAAUUGAAAAAAGAACUUUAGGAGAAAAAAUGAAUAUAAAUUUAUUGUAUAAAAAAUAAAGGGUUAAAAUCUGUAAACAAUAAUUUUGUAGGAAAAAGAAUAUGAAAUAUACCAAAAAAGAAAACCAAUUUUCUGUGAUACGCGCGAACGCGAUGUGUGAGCGAGUGAAAUAUGAACGGGAAAAUUAUUUAAAAGAAGAAAAAAAAUUGAGAAAAAAAUACAUUAACACACUUUAAACAAAUAAAAUGAAAAGAAGGAAGUAUUAAAAUAGAAUUAACAUAUCAAGAGAUAAAUGGAAAAGUUUGUUUCUUUCUGAUAAGUGGAAAAUUUCUGGCCAUUUUCUCUUCUUUUCAUUCUGGCAGGAAAAAAAAACACAAUUGAUAAGAAUUAAGACACGGAAAAAAGACAUGAAAUUCGUGAUUUUUCUUUGCUCACAGACCACAAAAUGUAAAAGAUUUUACAAGUGCCAAAAAAACAAUGAAUCAUGUUCUCUUAUUGUAGAAUCUUUUCAUGUAGUUCUCACGCGACUUUCAAAAGAAAAACCCCCUAAAAAAGAAAAGAAGAGUCCAAACAUAUUUGCUCAGUCUCGAAGAAAUGCACGUUCCUCUUACUUUUAGCCGCCCACAUUCGUGGGACAUAACAGAUCGUAUAUUUUAGGCUAAAGAAAAUCAAUUGAUUGGAAUUGAGGAAAGGCUUUUUCCAUUAGAUGCAGUUUUAUUGGCUCAUUUUGAAAUUUAUUUUACUUCAUUUUCAUGCGGAAACUGCAAUUCAACUAAUGUGAAGCUCAAUUUUCUUUAGCGCAUUUUCAGAGAUAUAAAAUAAAACCAAUGAAGAUUCUUUCAAUCCUCUGUACCACAAAGAAAUGAGCUUUAAGCUUUCAGACAGUUUCUAUAAAAAAUAUAUAUAUAUA